GCUCCACAGACUAAAAGAAUAGUUUCGCGACGUGUGUUAAGAGGGUGGUUGGUGGGAGAGAGAGGUGAGAGCCCGUUUCUGAUUGGUUGUCAGCUUGGCCUCCAGCCGUCUCUCCUGUGCAGUCACCACUGAACUGGCUUGUCAGUUAUCAACACUGUUCAACUGACUGCGAUAGUCGCAAGACGCGUAUUUGUUGCGAUUAUUGGUCUCCAGUGAUCGGUGUUACGAGUCGUUUCACUCAACUAUCCUGAUCAUAUUGCACGCGGUAAACAAUUGAAAAUCCUUUUACACUUCAUUUGGCGCGUCAACCCUUUCAAUAAGAAUCGUGAACUCCGGAUUCUCAAUAAAACCGGAUCCUCUCCAGUGUUCCACUGUUUUCACUCAUCAACCCCUGAUUAGUGUUGUUUACAAUCAUGAAAGAUUUUUUUAGUGUUCUGAGCGGUAUUCGCCGGCAAAAAACUGUGUACAGUGCUGUAAACACCAGAGACUUUCCUGUGCACGAUGUCUACAAUCCAACAACCAUCUCAGAUCAUCAAAGUUUGAAUCCCUUCGCUGCAGUCUUCAGACCGCUCAAUAAUAAACCGAAAUGGGUAUUCCUUACCAUGGUGUUUGGAUUAUCAGCUCUAACGUUUGGAACCCUUCUGAUUGUACUCGAUCCAUACAACUUUUUCUUCAAGAUGAAAGUGAAAUUCACUGAAGGCUCAGAGACGUUCCUUAUGUGGAGGGACCCUCCAGUUGUACUUCACCUCAAGGUUUAUUUGUUCAAUGUAACAAAUAAAGAUGCAUUUCUCAGAGGGGAAGACGACAUUCUCAAAUUUGAAGAGGUUGGACCCUACGUUUACAGGGAGAAUAUGCGGCAUGGUAACGUUACAUUCAACGCCAAUGGGACUAUGACAGCAGUUCCCUUGCAUCCUCUAGUGUGGGUUCCUGAGAUGAGUAAUGGAACAGAACAAGACAUCCUUGUACUUCCCAACAUCGCUCUGCUGAGUUUUACACACCUGAUGUCAGAUGCGGCAUUCUUGACGCGGACUUUUGUGAACACAUUUAUUCGUCAGAGCAGCUGGGAACCGCUGGUUGAGAUGACUGCCUGGGAGUUUAUGUUUGGCUAUAGAACUACUCUUCUCACCAUUGGAAACAAAUUCGCACCUUCCUGGAUUAGUUUCGAUAAGCUGGGUCUUAUUGAUAGGAUGUACUACUUCGAAGGAGACACAAGCACCACAUUCACAGGAAUGACGGAUCCUCGAUUGGGAGGAUUGAUUGAUAACUACAACAACCGUCCAUAUCUGCCCCAGUGGGAAGCACCCUGUGACGUAGUUUCCAAUUCCAGCGAUGGCAGCAAAUUUCCAUCCUACAUAAAACCCAAUGAUACUCUACGGUUCUUCAGAAAAUCUCUAUGUCGAUCUAUGCCACUGGUACGAGUUGGGGAAGAAACACUAGAUGGAUUACAUGGUUACACAUACCAUUUCCAAGACAAUGCUCUCGACAAUGGAGAAAACAAUUCUUCAAACAAAUGCUUCUGUCGCAAGGGGCAUUGUCUGGCUCCUGGACUAAUUGAUGUAACUGACUGCUAUUAUGGAUUUCCCAUUGCACUGUCGUAUCCUCAUUUCUAUCAGGCGGAUGAAUCACUUCUAAAAGCUGUUGAAGGAUUGCAUCCGGACCCUAAACUGCAUACCACAUUCUUCACAGUAAAUCCGGAAUCUGGCCUCCCUCUUCGUCUUUCAGUCAAAAUGCAGAUCAACAUGGCGUUGGGAGAUUUGUCUAGUAUGGCAAAAGUUGAACGAUUUGCUCAUCAAGUUAUCCCUAUGCUAUGGACUGAUAUUUACAUGGAUGGACUACCUUCAGACGUCUCAACAAGGUUCUACAUGUAUCUGAAUGUGGCCCCUGCAACUCUGUCAGUCAUAAUUUACAUGCUACUAAUCGGUGGAGUUGCAUUUAUGGUACUCAGUGUAGCUGUGGGAUUCUGUGUGCCAAGAGACAUCAAUUUGAACGAUCCAACAGCUGUUUGGAGGGACGAUAUGUUAACAAGAGAGGUGUUUCCAGUCCAGAAACGCAAGCCCAAAGAAAGAGAUGCAGUCGCUACUAAUAAUAACAACUCAAAAGAGAUGGAAGUCUAUUACUGUUCCCUACUAACGCCAGUUGACAGAGAAAACCUGGAUGAAUGAAAGGACCAGAGUUCCACUUUUUUAUCAAUAACUAAACUUUCUGCUCAUAUCAGGAAGUAAUAACGAGGUUAUUCAGUCAAGGAGACUAAAAAUCUCAAAAAAAUGAUCGAUAAUGGAUCUUUCUAUUGCUGUUAGGGAGUAACAAUGUGAAAUACUUUAGUCAAAAGUACCAUAACUUUGAAUGACUCAUUUUUAUGAUCAAACUCUUCUAUGUUAUAAGAAAGUGAUAAUGUGGAAUAAUUUAGUCAAGAAGACUAUAACUUGAACAGAAUAAUUCAACUAUCCAUUGAAAAUACGAACUGUGAAUGUGAAAUACUUUAGUCAAGAGUAUCAUAACUUCAUGAUUCAUUUUUAUGAUCAAACUCUUCUAUGUUAUACGAAAGUGAUAAUGUGGAUUAAUUUAGUAAAGAAGACUAUAACUUGAACAGAAUAAUUCAACUUUCCAUUGAAAAUACGAAGUGUGAUGUGAAAUACUUUAGUCAGUUUAAAGACUAUAUAAUUUAAUAUAGUAAUAUUCAUGGAAAAAAUCGUAUAGUUGUCAGAAUGUGACGCACAUGCACCAUAUAAACGUCACAAAUGACUAGUUGGUAGCUCAUGUUGUUAAUAAUUCUGUGCUAUUCAUCGCUGAAAUUUAAACGAAUUUUGGCGUGAAAAUCAGUUGAUAGUUUUAUUUACGGUUAUCACAUUUUAUAAUAGGCCUACAUGAUAUUGUUAUGUACAGUGUACAAGCUCGUAUGCAAGAAUUGCAUUUCUAUAUCGCGUAUUUCAAAAGCACUACAUUCUACUUACACCAUAGAACUAAAUUUAUGAUAUAAACAUAGGCCUAUAAAAGUGUUAUAAUAAUGCCACAAAAUGUGAGUUCAUCAAUAACUUGAUAGGAUGUUAUUUCUGUAUUGAUAUUAACCAAUUUUAUGAAUUAUUGAUGAAUAUAUUUUAGAAUAGAUUAUGCACCAUAAUAAUAUUUUUAGGUGUAAAAAUACAGUAUAAAACUCCUCAAAGCAAUUGGGAAGUCAUAUUCUUUGUGAUUGUAGGGGAAGUUUGAAUAAUAAAUCAUUGCAAAGUCUUCAUAUUUUAAAGCGUUCAAGUUGGGAAUCACAUUCCUAUAUUAAAAUAGUUGUUAUUAGUCAAAGAAUUUAAUUACAGAAUCUAUUGAUGCUGUAAAAUAAAUCUAAUGUUUUUUAUGAGAAUUUAGUAUUUAGGAAAUGAAUUGUUUUAGCAAUUAUCCAAUAAAUAACAUUGGUAUGUGAUAAGUAUGUGAUAUCACGAGGGUAAGAUCAAAGGUUGUUGGCCAGAGAUUUGGCAAUAUGUUAAUGCUACUUAGCAUUUUGUGUAGAAAUAGUUUAAUUUCUUGAUAAUUCUGCGAGGAAUCAGCUAUAUGUAGAUUAGGUAUUUCUUUAUAGAGUAUUUUUAUAAUAUUUUUUCUUGGUUUUAUUGAUGGUAUUUCAUAGAAAAGCAAAUUUCAAAGCCUCAUUUUCUCUAUUUGUGGGAUUUAUCAUUCAUAAUUUAGAAAAUUCUCGUGGUAGAUUAGACUUUUUUUCUAUUUGAACAAAUUCAUUCUUCAAAAUCAUCUACCAUCAUAAAUUUAUAGAUUAAUUUUACGAAAUCUUUUAUUUUAUUGUGAAUAAACUCCACACCUACUGCGGUUAUGAAUCCAUAAUCUUUGCCAAUCAAGGUACACUUUGAGUAAUGUGUAUAAAAAUAGACAGGAUGAAAAUACAGUCAAUAUAUUAUAGAAUGCAUUUAAUGCAAUGUGUAAUAAAUGUAGUGUGUAUGAGAAUAUUGGCCAUAGUCUUUGAACAACUAUUCUAAACCACACAUGAAACUUUGGGAAUAAAACUUUUUACACAUUCAUUUGGAAAACGGAACUACUUAUUUGAUAGUGAUGUAUUGCUUUUUCAAAAUGUACCAUACCAAAUAAUAUUCUGAACUGUGUUUUAAACUGUGUGGGGCAUCAGUGAGGGAGUCAAAUAUGUUAUUAUAGAUUAUAGUAGUGUCACAAAAUCUAUAUCAGUCAUAUUUCAGCUUCACUGAGACUCACACACUUCAUUUGAUUCUAUUCUAUUGAAUUAAAUAACGGUUAAUACCCAUCUAUUAUUGUUAAUAAAUUGUGUUAGAUUUAUAGGUAUCUUAUGUUUAAUAAUUUUUUUAUCCUUGUAAUUCGCGUAACACGUAAGACACAUUUCAUAAAAUCAAUAUUAUUGGAGAGGUAAAAUCUUCUUUCAUACAUGACUCAGUUGAGUGGAACUUAUUUUUAAAACAAUUUUAAUACGUAUAAUACAUUAUAUUUAUGAUUUCCAGUGAUGAUCCUUGCUCAAUGCUUAUAAGUUAAAAUAAUUAGGUAUAUUAUUUAUAAUCAUAAUUACCGUAUUUUUAAGUGUUAUUUUUCCAAUUGUUAUCACUGUUAGGAAUAGAGUUGUAUAAAAUUCCACAGUAUUAAAUACUGUUUAUGUUUAGUUAUUGUAUGAUUGAAUUUUAGAGACAUGUAAGUCAUUCCGUGUCUAUGUAUGUUAGUAUGUAUUAGUAUGAUUGCUCUUAUGAAUGCCCUUGAGUAUGGGAAUACCUUUUGUAAAUAUUUCAAUCUUGAUAUUUUGUAAUAAAUACACGUUCUAAAACUAAAUAAAUAUUAAAAAUGUAA